AUGCCGGUCGACUGCCAAAGAUCUACUUCCGGGGGCAAGGGUAAUUUAGGUAUGUUUAUAGAGAGAGAUCCAAGGAUUUGUGCUGCUGGAUUACCUUCUGCUCAGCCCGACGAUAAAGUAGCUGAUUCCCUACAACACUAUUUAUUAAAAGAUGAAGUAGAUUCUCUUAUGAGCGAUGCUAUUAUGCCACCUAAAGCACCUAAGCCGUUACCACCACUACGUAAGCCUAUUCCUUUAGAUAUGCGUUUUGCAGGCCCUUUUGGUAACGUAGCACAGAUUAUCAAUCCACCCAUAAAAUCUAAAUUUCGAACGCUUGUUGAUGAUUUCAAAGAUACAUCAUUUGCUUCUUAUUGGAAAAAGCCACUUGGACAAACCCACGAUUCCGUUCCUAUGUUACCAGAAGGCAUGGAUAUUUUUGGAACUACAUUUGGCAAAAAAACCGCAUUUCACGGAAGAUUAUAUGAUGUUGUUAUGCCAAAAGAUCCACUUCCUGAUAAAACCCCGCCCUCUUAUAAACCGGGUGUACAACUAAAGCGUACAUACUGUAAGCCACCAUACAAGGAAGAUCUAACAUACGGUCAUAGAACCUUUGUGGACAAACGCGGUACGUACGCUAGAUGUUGCCUAACGGAUGACAGGAUAGUUGUUGGCAAUGGAGGACGAACAAUAGUCAAUACUAUACAAUCUAAUUUUCAAGAAGAAAAUCAACCUCGGAUCGGAACUGUAUUGGCGCCAAAUAAUAAUAUUGAUUAUGUACCUAAGGGCUAUGCAUUUGGUAAAUUAAAACCUCCUGAUAAUUUGCCUGAAUGUUUGGCCAGUUGCGAAUUAAAUCCAGAACGUUAUUUUUUCAAAAAAUGUUUAGGUCACCUAAAUUCAUUGAGAAAAUGUUUAUCUUCACGAUUUCUUCCUUCUUUUUUCAGAGGAUUCUAUUUGAAUAUCAAAUACUACGACAAAGAAAAAACUGGUUGGUUGCCAAAAAACACAGUAUAUAGCUUGUGUGCAUCAAGGCUUAUACGUUUCGAUUCAUCACUAAUUGAACCAUUACUCUCCAUGUGGAAUGCUUUUGAUGGGUCAAACAUUGAAUACAAAACUUUUGUACAUGUAAUAAAUUAUCGAGAACCAUCACCAGAAAUUCCGAAAAUAUCCGAUGUAUCAGAUGACUGUCUUGAUUAUAACACGACUUAUACAGAUAUGGUAAAACCUGGCCAAGUAGAAAACAAAAGUAGAAUGGCUGGUUUACCGUCUGGAAGAUAUUUUGAUUUAGAUUAUCCGAUAACACCCGAAGGUUGUUGUAAAGCUGCUAGAACUUGUCUUCCGCAUGAAUCUGAUAUGAAAUCUUGUUUAUGCCCUAGUGUUCUGACAUUGUUUCAUGUUAAUCACAGGGAUUUAUAUUGUAAAAGAGACUCUAAAACGAUUAAAAGAGUUUUCGAAGCAACGGGCGAAACAUUUACGGAUGAAAGAUUUAACGAAAUUUGGGAAGAAGCUAAAAAGUACCACUCGGAGGGUUGGGUUUGUUACGAAACAUUUAAUCGUGCUUUGAAAAAACAUACUGAAAAGGAUGAUUCUGUAAAGGAUGUAAUUUAAUAUAAAUAAAAACACAACUAGAUAUGAAAAUAAAAAUUUGUAAUUUUUGUUAUAAAAGAGAUUAUUUAUACAAUAAAUUUU